AUGCCGAAGACUGUUCCAAAGGUAAUCGACCUGUUCUGCGGAGCUGGCGGUCUGAGUUUGGGUGCGGCCCGUGCCGGGUUUGAAGUUGCGGGCGCGGUCGAUUUCGACUCCCGCGCUAUGGAGAUACACGCCAAGAAUUUUCCCGGCGCGGCACAUUUCACGGGGGACGUCGCCGAAUUAACAGCAGGCUCACUGAAGCGACUGUUCGGGUGGCCUGGCGAGUCGAUUGCCGGGAUCAUCGGCGGUCCCCCGUGUCAGGGAUUCAGCAAUAUGGGGCACCGGGACCGGAACGACGCCAGGAAUCUCUUGUUUGGCCACUUUUUCAGGAUUGUAAACGAGGCCAAGCCAGGGUUUUUCCUAGCGGAGAACGUCCCGGGCAUUUUGCGCAAGGACUACGAACCGAUAGUAGAGUCGUCUCUGGCUCGCGUGUCUAAAGACUAUGUGAUCCUCGAUCCGAUCAAGAUUUGCGCUUCCGAUUAUGGAGCACCCACGACCCGGACGCGCGUAUUUUUUUUCGGGUACUUGCCGGAUCGAAUGAAGGGAUUUAACUGCGCAUCUUUCGUCGUCCCCAACGACGUAACUUCAGUAACGGUUCGGGACGCUCUAGACGGCUUACCGGUUGACGUGGAUCCGCACUGGCAAACCGAAGAACAAGGGUGGAGGAGAUCUGACAAUCCAGGAACGGGAUAUUUCGCUACCAGGCUUCGGGGACACGUACCCCGGGGUGUCGGCGACGCACGCGCUUUGAAGCGAUUGCGGAACGAAGGUUUAUCAUCAGGGACGUUGGGUACGGUGCAUUCUCCUGAGGUGACAAAGCGGUUUGCGUCACUCCGGCACGGCGAACUCGAUGGGGUGUCAAAAGCCCGACGUCUGGACCCAGACGGUUAUUGCCCGACCAUACGUGCGGGGACUGGACCUGACAGAGGCAGCUAUCAAGCCGUCCGACCCAUACAUCCCAUUGUUCCUCGAGCAAUCACUCCCAGAGAGGGUGCUCGACUUCAGGGUUUUCCUGAUUGGUUCACAUUUUCUCCUUCCAAAUGGCAUAGCUUUCGUCAGAUAGGAAACAGCGUUAGUCCGAUCAUGGCGGAACGGUUGAUGACCGUCAUCCGAGACUCGUUGCACUAA